AUGGACUCCAUAAUUGCUCAGAUUCAAGCCAUCGCCGAAAACACUGAUGAAGCCGGCCGGUUGGACAUCAUUCAGUCUCUCAAACAAGUGAAAAAUGAACUUCAAUCUCCGAAAGAUGCAAUCAUGGAGCUUGCAGUACCGGGGUUAACGAAUGCAAUGCUCCGAAUUGGUGCAGAUAUGGGACUCUUUCGCUCCCUCACGAGAAGUGAUGUAUCCUUGACUAUCAUGCAAAUUGCGGAGAUAACAGGAGCGUCUCCUCCACUCCUAGAGAGAAUUCUUCGUUACCUAGCCACAGAAGACGUGAUCAAGGAAAGCGGAGUCAAUGAGUACACUGCAAACAGCAUCACUCAUGUUUUGGCUGACUCCAAGGGCGAGGCCUUGAUAUACCACGGAUUCGACACAAUUGGACCUGUCGUGCAAGCAAUGCCUGCCUUCUUUGCUGAAAACAGCUAUCAAGAUGUCACUGUCAAUACGAACACUCCGUUCCAGAAAGCCCACAACACCAAACUCACAUCAUUCGAGUGGCUUGUCCAGCAGCCAAAGCACUUUGAAAACCUGCAAAAGAUUAUGACUGCACUUCAAGGAUCAGAAUGGACGGAGGGAUUUGACCUUUUCAUCAAUGAUGCCCAUAAGGUUCCAUUCAAAGUUUCAUCCGCUGCCCCGGAGGAACCCUUCUUCGUCGACGUUGGUGGCGGCCAUGGCCAUCAAUGUAUUGAGCUCGGAAAGAAGUAUCCCAAUCUUCUAGGUCAUCUUGUCCUCCAGGACUUGCCAGAGGCAGUGAAGAAUCUCGCCCCCAUUGAUGGCGUGAGGACUGAGGCUUAUGACUUUUUCCAAACGCAGCCUAUCAUUGGUGCCAAAUUCUACUAUCUCCGCAGAAUAAUGCAUGACUGGCCUGAUGACAAAGCCGCAAAGAUCCUCCGCAAUGUUCGCGCCGCCAUGAGCCCCGACUCGCGGAUCUUGAUUGACGAUGCCGUGUUGCCGGAUACUGGCGCUAACUGGCGAUCAGCCAUGGCCGAUCUUGUCAUGAUGACAUUUGCUGGUAAAGAACGGACCAAGCAUCAAUGGGAGUCACUUGCAGAAAGCGCGGGCUUGCGCGUGGAACAGAUUCAUACUUAUGUUGCUUCAACUUAUACCGCUGUUCUCGUUUUGGCUGCUCAAUGA